AUGUGCAGCUCCCGGCGUGCCGAUGGGCCUUCGGGUUCGACCAACGUGCCUCACGGUCGUGAGGUGCUGCCUACUAAUGUGAAGCCGGUUCAUUAUGACCUGACCCUGGAGCCGAAUUUUGAGUCGUUCACCUACGACGGAACCGUUGUCAUUGACCUGCAGGUUGCGGAGGAUACUACGUCCGUCUCCCUCAACACCAAUGAUAUCAUUAUCCAUAGCGCUACCAUCUCUUCCCAGGGAUCCGUUGUUUCCUCCAAUCCAGAGAUCUCGACCGACAAGGACAAGCAGGUGGCUACCGUCAAGUUUGCCGACACGAUCUCCGCUGGUUCCUCCGCUCAGCUGAAGCUCAGUUUCGCCGGUACCCUGAAUGACAACAUGGCUGGAUUCUACCGCUCCUCGUACAAGAUGGCAAAUGGAGAGACUAAAUACAUAGCCUCUACCCAGAUGGAGCCCACCGAUGCCCGCAGGGCGUUCCCUUGCUUCGAUGAGCCGGCCCUCAAGGCUAAGUUCACCAUCACUCUCAUCGCCGACAAGGACAUGACCUGCCUGAGUAACAUGAAUGUGGCCUCGGAGUCGGAAGUACAGGGCGGCCUCAAGAAAGCUGUCAAGUUCAACACCUCCCCGCUUAUGUCUACCUACCUGGUAGCGUUUAUUGUCGGCCACCUCAACUACAUUGAAACCAACGAUUUCCGUGUUCCCAUCCGUGUCUAUGCCACUCCGGAUCAAGACAUCGAGCAUGGACGCUUCUCGCUGGACCUGGCUGCUAGAACUCUGGCUUUCUAUGAGAAGGCCUUUGAUAGCACUUUCCCGUUGCCCAAGAUGGACAUGGUUGCGGUGCCUGAUUUCAGCGCCGGAGCGAUGGAGAACUGGGGUCUGAUCACCUACCGCAUCGUCGAUGUGUUGUUGGAUGAGAAGACGAGUGGUGCGUCCCGCAAGGAGCGUAUUGCAGAGACCGUCCAGCACGAACUGGCCCACCAGUGGUUCGGAAACCUGGUAACUAUGGACUUCUGGGACGGCCUCUGGCUCAAUGAGGGUUUCGCCACAUGGAUGUCGUGGUAUUCUUGCAACAGUUUCUACCCGGAAUGGAAGGUGUGGCAGACCUACGUUAUCGACAACUUGCAGAGCGCACUCUCUCUUGACUCGCUGCGUAGUAGUCACCCAAUUGAAGUUCCGGUCAAGCGGGCCGAUGAGAUCAACCAGAUUUUUGAUGCUAUCUCCUACUCCAAGGGUUCUGCCGUGCUGCGCAUGAUAUCCAAAUAUUUGGGCGAGGAUGUUUUCAUCCAGGGUGUGCGUAACUACAUCAAGAAGCAUGCUUAUGGCAACACCCAAACCGGUGAUUUGUGGGCUGCGCUUGCUGAUGCUAGUGGCAAGCCUGUCGAGAAGGUCAUGGAUAUCUGGACUAAGAAUGUUGGAUUUCCGGUUGUCUCUGUCUCGGAGGACCCAAGUACUUCGUCUAUCAAGGUGAAGCAGAACCGUUUCUUGCGCACAGGUGAUGUGCGACCCGAAGAAGACACCACCCUUUAUCCUGUCAUGCUGGGCUUGCGCACUAGCCAGGGUGUUGACGAAAACACGAUGCUUACUGAGCGUGAAAAGGAGUUCAAGGUGCCUGACCUUGACUUUUUCAAGCUCAAUGCUGAUCACUCCGCCAUCUACCGAACUUCUUACACACCUGAGCGGCUCACGAAGCUUGGUGUGGCGGCAAGCAAGGGACUUUUGACAGUGGAGGACCGUGCUGGCAUGAUUGCAGAUGCUGGCGCCUUGGCAGCGUCGGGUUUCCAGAGCACUUCCGGCCUCCUAUCCCUCCUGAAGGCAUUCGACAACGAGUCUGAGUUCAUUGUGUGGAAUGAAAUCUUGACCCGUAUCGGUACUCUGCGUGCCGCGUGGCUGUUUGAAGACGACCAAACCAAGGAUGCUCUGAAGGCCUUCCAGCGCUCGUUGGUCAGUGAGAAAGCCCACGAACUUGGCUGGGAGUUCUCGGACAAGGAUGGCCACAUUCUACAGCAAUUCAAGGCGCUCAUGUUUGGCAGUGCUGGUAUGGCGGAUGACCCGGUCGUUGUUAAGGCCUCUCAGGAUAUGUUCGAGCGCUUCGCUGCCGGCGAUGUGAGUGCUAUCCACCCCAACAUCCGUGGCAGCGUGUUCUCUAUUGUCCUGAAAAAUGGUGGAGAGAGGGAAUACAAUGUGGUUUUGGACCGAUUCCGCCAUGCUCCUACUUCGGACGAGAAGACCACCGCUCUCCGCUGCCUCGGCGCGGCCGAGAACCCGGCCCUGAUCCAGCAUACCCUGGGUCUCGCUCUCGGAGACGAGGUCAAGAAUCAGGAUACAUACAUGCCUCUGGGCGGUUUGCGUAGUCACACCGCUGGCGUGGAGGCCCGUUGGACCUGGCUGAAGAACAACUGGGAUGCUCUGUACAAGCGCCUGCCCCCCGGUCUCGGUAUGCUGAGCACUGUCGUCCAGCUCUGCUCCUCCAGCUUCUGCACUGAAGCGCAGCUGAAGGAUGUGGAGGAAUUCUUCAAGGACAAAGAUACUAAGGGCUAUGACCGUGCUAUUGAACAAAGUCUCGAUGCCAUUCGUGCCAAGAUCAAUUGGCUCAAGCGCGAUCGGGCUGAUGUUCAAGCCUGGUUGAAAUCGAAAACCUCCGAGGGUAAGUUGUAA